AUGGAUCGACAACUGGGGACAGCCUUACGCUACUACAGCCUGCCUCCUCUUCACAACAGAACCAAAGUGCCUGGGGAAGCAGGUCUGCCCCAUGGCUCUCAAGGUCUGUACUUCUUCAUUUUCUUCUGUGCAAAUGCCACCAUCCACAGCUCCAUCUGCCUUGUCUGCUCCCAUCAGAACCAGCUUCAGAGUUCCCAGGGGAAUGCUGCUCCUGGGUGCCUCUGGAUGCUCUACUGGCAGCUUGUGCUUCUAUUAGAGCAGCGGCACCUCAGGAGGAAGGACCAAGUAGAAUCCCAGGUUCAAAUCCCAGCAACCACAUGGUGGCUCACAACCAUCUGUAAGGAGAUCCGGUGCCCUCUUCUGGUGUAUCUGAAGACAGCUACAGUGUACUUAUAUAUAAUAAAUAAUCUUAAAAAAAAAAAAAAAGAAAGAAAAGAAGACUUUUCUGGCAGGGACAGACAAUGGUCUGUGGUAGACCUAACCCUGUGUCCUCUCUGUAAUAGCACUGGUGGCCACUGUUUCUAUUGUGCCUACUCCUCAGGUAUGUCAACUGCUCAGGGAUGAUAUUGCUUCUGUUACACGGACAUUUUGGCCCUAUUCCCCAAUUCCUGGGAAGACAGUCACCAAAAUCAUGGUGAUCUUGUCUCAUCGCUAAAAUGCAAGGACACCUCUCUCUUCUGCGGUUGGAGGCUGGAAUUGAGGUCAUGGUUCACAGCUACAACACACUCUUCUGGAGCACAAGUGACUUCAUAUUGCCGUUGGACUCAUGCUACCGUUGGAAUUCGAGAGGUAAGCAGGGUUAUCGGACUUCCUGUCAAAGCCAGGCACUGCGGUGGGGGAGGGCCUCAGGUUGGAGUGAACAAAGCUGAAGCACCUUUCCCCCAAGACAAGGUGCAUUGGCUUGGAAGUCCCUGUUGCUUCUGCACCGGCGGUGCCAAGAGCGUGGAUUUGGGACUGCUGUAUAACACCUUAAACACUACGCGGGUGAGUUGCUGGGGGUCUCCAAGUCAGUCACUCCUAAUGGGCUCUCUCAACAGUUCCUCAGGUCAUUGCUUCUACCGACGCUACCAGAACCUGGAACCCCACCAGCUUCCUUGCAUUUCCCACUGCCCCAGGCCUUGCAGGCAAGAGGGGACAAUGAUGUUGGGAAUUGGGCAUCAGUUCCCUGGAAGGCACCGCGGGAUGACUGGUGGUGCUGUCUCUCCCAAAAUGUCUUUGUAUAGAAUCUUUGCAGGGACUUCCAGGUGGCCUUCAGCCAAAUCAAAUGACUGGAUCCCAACUGGCUUAGAGCAAGACCUGUGGUGCUCAAGUUGGAGCAAGAACCAGAGUGUGACCAAAGUGAACAUUCUUAAGGGGCUUAACUACCAUGUUGUGGAUGAGGUGAUGGCUGGAGAGAUCCAGGGCUAGGGUUGGGAAUACGGCCUAUGGUUGACCACCUUUUCUGAGGUGAUUUGAGUAGAGGCAGGCUCUACACAGUCCUGCUCAUAGGUGGGGUCUGGGAGGCCCUGAUGGAUUUACCCACAGGUUCCACAGGGGCACCGUGCCAUGGGAAGCCUCUGGAAACUGGUUCCGCUUAUCUGUCCUCUGUGCUGGAGCUGGUUGUUACCGUCCUUGCUCUUUAUUUCCACUGGUUCUGCUGUGAGGAAGGUGUCCUGGCUUGGGGUCGGUACUGCUUCAGGGAAGCCCACAUCUCCACCCAGGCCAGCCUGAGACCUCUACCCCAAGCUUUAGUGAGUGAUGCUGAAGGCCCAUCAAAAGCUCACACGGGUGCCCCCAGGAUCUUUGGAAGAUCUGCUUCAAUGUAAGAAUUGAACUAAACUCCAGGCCCUUGAGAUUCUUUUGAGAUGGUUUCUCUGGGCAGUCCUGACUCAGAUAUUCUCCUGCCUCUGCCUCCCAAGUACUGGGAUUAAAGGCGUGUACCACCAUCCCCAGAACUCCCUUAAGAUAUUGACAACUGAACUAACCCCAGUAGUGCCAUCCAAUCCCUCAGCAUAAUUUUGGGAGCUGUAGCAGCGGUGGGCUCCCUAGUUGCCCAGAGUGAGCCGGACUAGCAAUUUGAGGGCCCAGAAAGCAGUAACAUCUGACCUAUGCAGAAACUAAAUAUAUCCAACAUGCCAGGGACUCUGUUUACCCACCUACCUUGCUCGGUGAUGGUCCCUUGGGUUGAGGGGGGUGUCCCAAAACCCAAGGGCUGUGAAGUUUCUCCUCGAUAUACUUCUAAACUCUGGAUAUGAGCAUGUAUCCAUUCAUGUUCAUGUGUGUGAAGAGGUACUUCUACAUAGUGGAACCUGUUAUCACAUUUGCCUAUUCAUGUUACGCACACAUUCUCGAACACGCAUGCAUGCACACGUGCACACACGCACAUAUCAGACAGGGCCUGAAUUGGUUUUGCGGCAGAAAUAAAAAAGUAAAUCCAAGUCAAGACAUCUGCUGACCUCGGGCUGCUCUGCCGUACAACCAGUCAUUCCGACUGUUGUCAGACACAUACAUGUGUCUCCCCAACCACCUACAUCAGGGUAAGCUACAAACCUCAGAAUGUACCUCAAAGGCCCCUUGCAACAGAGCACAGCAGACACACUGCUGGUAAGGGACACUGGGUGCAAAUCAGGGACAAGAGCCCCAGCUACCCUCAUUGACUGUGUUCCUCCUUCUCCCUAUCAAGGGAUACAGUCUAAUUCAGAGAAGGGCAGAGAGGAGAGGCCAGAGAACAGGGGCUGAAGGUGUCAGGUGUCAGUUUCUCUCAA